AUGCGAAUUGCAGCAAUGGCAUUCCCAAGAAAGCUGGUACUGCUCUCAGCAAUAGUGGUGGCAGUUAUGGCAUCUGGAUGGUGGGACAAUCAAUGGGAUGGCCCGUGGCAUCACGAUGUUCAUCCGUAUCAUCACGGGCAUCAUGGAUUGUACGAUCAUCAUGGUCACUUCGGUCAUGGGCUAUUCGAUCAUCAUGAUCACGGGUUCCAUCAUGGGCAUCACCAUCCUUCGCAUGACUGGGACUGGGGUUGGGGCUGGAACUAA